AUGUCCGCGAAUCCGCCAAAGCACACUUCAAAACACCGUGGAUCCGCAGACCAAAACGCAGACCGAAACCAAGUGCCGCCUGAACUUGAAUCUGUCAAUAUACGACUCGCCCACUUGAAAGAUAACGUACUUCCUGCUUCUCCCUACCUCCUCACUGUUCCGACGGACAUCCCAUUCCGCCUUGGAAGUCGGUUUGUCAAUAACUGGGCAGUGGGGAAGAAAGGCCCUUUUGCGGUGGAGGAACAACAACUCCAGUAUAUGACCUUUUUGAUGCACGACGACCCUGACUCAUUACUCGUUGCCGUUGGAGACUGGUCAGAUAACAACGGAGGGAUCAUGGCCAAGACUGGCGACAAACCUUCAAACGUGUCCGGUGCAACUAACACACCAACAACAACAAACGGCGUAACCAAGAAAAAGAUCAGUCUUAGCGACUACAAGACAAAGGCUGAAAAAGGAUCAGCCAGGAAUACGCCCGACAAGCCUCAACAGCCACCAAAAGAUGACAUCAAACGGGAUCGCCCCAAGGCGCCUCCUGCUCCUACGAUUAAGGAGCCCAAUACACCCGAACCCCCAGCUGAGAAGAAUCCAAAACGAGAAUCUGGCUCCAAACGGUCGUUAGGGGCUUCUCUUGAAAAAUCAGAGGAUGCGCCGGCACCAAAGCGUAUACGAACAUCCCCGUCGCGACCCUCGGAUGCAUCGUCCAAAUCACAAGGCUCCAGCAAAAAGAUUCCAGCUCUUCUUUCGCCCACCCUCCCCCCUACUUCCUCUGCUCCGAAGCUUCCUGAGCUUCCUGAGCUUUUGUCUCCCACUUUACCUCCUCUGCUAGAGGAAGAGUUGGCUCAGAUAGAAGACGAUGUGCCCGUGGCUAAACCCUCGGGUCAUAAACGAAACAUCUCCGGCGUUUCCCACAAAUCCAGGGACGGCAUAUCCGCCACAAAAUUAUCUGAUCAGAACAAACAACAACCUGAGUCUAAAUUAGCCUCCAAACCUCUUCACAAAGAAUAUCAGAGCAGACUCUCGUCUUCGAGCCUUCCUACAAAAGCCAACUUGUCACAUCGAGAUACGGACCCUGAUAACGCUUCCGUUCACGACGAGAAAUCGCCGUCCAAGGCAGCGAAGCUAAAACGAAUUGGAAGCAACAGUACAGAAAAUACGGCACCUCAAAGGCUGAUAGUCAAGCUCAAGUACGGGCGAGGCAACAGAAGACGUGUUGAAGCCCUACUUAAGUUUGUAGGGAAGCGCAAGGUUUCUGACAAUACACCUCAAAAACCAGUGAAGGAAUCUUAUUCCGGAGACGAAGAUUCAGAUUUACGAAAAAUCGAAGCCAAGCACCGAGAAAAGAGACAGAAGCACUCACAUGACGAAGAUAUCAAAGAAACCCCGUCUGUUGCUGGCAAAACCGUGGCUCCCGAAAAGAGCCAUAUUGCCUUGAAGUCGUUAUCACAUGCUGCAAAAACUACACCUGUGAAAGACAGCCGUGGCACUUCUCGAGAGGCUGAAGUGAGAACGCCGCUAAGUUUAUCAUCUACCAAAGGUGUGACAAGCAGUACAGAAAAGAUUACGAAGAUACCACCAGCUCAUGCAGAUAUUCAACCGGGUUCACGAAACGAUGAAUGGCGGGCAUGGCGCGAAGAAUCCCAGAAAUACCUCAGUCUGGGGCGAGAACUAAAACAUAUCGCCGAACGACACUCGAAAAGAGCCAAAGCAUCUAGCGAAAACUCGACUGUCUCAGACGAGAAGCUAGCCGCCGUGUCUGGCAUUGAAUCAAUUCUCUGCUUCAUAGUUGCGUUCAUCGCAGACGACCGUAGCAUAGCCCUGGCGCGACAGGUUGGUGAUUCCGAUAAAUGGCGGUCUAUUAUUGCGUUCUGGAGAGCCGUGAGAACCAUUACCAAAAUACACCCUCAUCUCUUCGGUCUUUGUCUUCUUCUGGGCGCAGUAUCACAUGAUGUUAUCAACUCUUUGGAUAUGGAACGACUCGCUGUCUGCCCUGUCCCCGGCGAACUGAGCCCGGUACCUACUCCGGGAAGUGACGAAAAUGCGUUCAACUCUGAAAAGAACAAGUCGAACAAGAAAGAGUUUCUCGAGUUGAAACACCGCCUUCCAGAAAACUUCAGAGAAGCCAAUCGCCUGUGGGUAGAUGGUUGUCGGGAGCUUUCAGACGACGUUCUCAAGACCGAAUACCCUGAAACAUGGGCCAAACGAUCGCGAAACUUUGCAGAGCGUGGUGCAAACCAACUCAAGGUUCGCAGCUACGCCGGCGAAUAUUUUUUGCCCUUUGGACGAACGACUACUCCCAUGGAGGCUGUGCGGUUUGGCGUGGCCCUGCUACGCGAAUGGUGCAAAAAUGAAGGAUUGCCAUUUGAGGCUCGUUUGAAGUUGUCGUGA